AUAACAUGUAAACAACGAAAUUAUCACAGAGCUCGAAAUACUGUUUGUCAGUACGCGAUUGGUCGCGACCACGGUGACUUGCCCGCGCGCAGAAAUGAUCCAAUUUAGACGACCUUGAAAUUCAGAAUUAAAUCUUCGAAGUUUAAAAAACGUUCGCGAACAUCGGAAAUCCUCGUUAAAUUCCGGCUGAAUUUGAAUAUGUUGUGAUAGUUUUUGUGUAGUGAAAAAUGUUGGGAUUCAAAGUGGGAGCGAGACAAGUGAUAAGGUUGAAGGAGAUAGGACGAUUGAAAUAUCAUUCAGGAGUGGGAGUGUUCGGUCAUCGACCGACGAAAGUGAAUGAUGCCGAUGUUCCUGAACAUGUAUUGGCACGAAGGUACGAGAACUGCAGAGCACAGCGGCUGGUGGAUGCGUACCGCACUCACGGACACCUGAGGGCUACUAUAGAUAAUGUUGAUUAUAGAAAGGAUGACAGGAGUGUAAAGGAGCUUAAUAUCUCAAGAUACGGGCUUCGAUCUGAAGAUACUGUUGACGUAGGAUUAUUGUACGGUUAUGGAGGCAAGCAGACUGUCAAGGAUCUGGUGGAAACUUUGGAGGACAUAUACUGCGGGCCUAUAUCUUAUGAGUUUUCGUAUUUGGAGACAGAAGCUGAAAGAGAAUGGUUCGCCCAACGCAUAGAAAGCGCUGAAGACACUGUACUCACGGACCGUAAAAUCGAGAUCGUUAAAGAGUUACUCCACUCCCAAGCGUGGGACAAGUUCCUGGGCGUCAAGUAUCCCACGGUCAAACGGUACUGUGGAGAAGGUGCUGAAUCUCUUCUUACAUUCUUCUCCUCGUUAUUCAAGUUGACGACUGCUGAAGGAGUAGAGCAAGUGAUCCUAGCGAUGGCCCACAGAGGAAAAUUGAAUGCUCUGACCGGGGUUCUCAAAUGUCCGCCAGUUAAAAUCUUCCAUAAGUUCAGCGGGCAGCCAGAGUUCCCAAAGGAAGCGAACGCAGCCUGCGAUAUAUCCACACAUUUAAGUGCCUCCGUGGAUAUCAGUGUGAACAACAAAUCAGUUCGAUUCUCAUUAUUAAACAACCCAUCGCAUUUGGAGGCUGCUAAUCCAGUAUCUAUGGGCAAAACUAGAUCAAAGCAACUACGUUUGAAGGAAGGUGAUUAUUCCGAAGACGGAUCUUCAACGAUGGGAGAUAAAGUGCUGAACGUUCAGAUCCAUGGUGACGCUGCUUUUACGGGCCAAGGAGUGAACCAGGAGACCCUGAUGCUGUCAAAAGCUCCGCACUUUAACGUCGGUGGUUCUCUACACGUUGUUGUUAAUAAUCAAGUUGGGUUCACGCUGCCCGCUCUGCGUGGUCGGUCGUGUCGUUACGUCACGGACCUGGCGAAGGCUAUAUCUGUGCCAGUUAUACAUGUUAAUGGUGAUCAUCCUGAGUUGGUGGAAAAGGCGACGAACAUAGCCUUUGAGUAUCAACGGAAGUUCCGGAAGGAUGUGUUCAUAGACUACAACUGCUUCAGACGUUGGGGUCAUAAUGAGUUAGAUGACCCCACGUUCACAAACCCACUUCUCUACAAAGUUAUUCAUAAUAGAAAAUCAAUCCCAGACGUGUAUGCCGAAAAGCUGGUAUCCGAAGGAGUUUUGACCGCUGAUGAAGUCAAGGAGAUAUCAACAACAUACACAAACUAUCUUCAAUCGCAAUACGAAGCUGUAGCCAGUUAUAAACCAGAAGUGUCCUAUUAUCAAGAACAAUGGUCUAAUAUGCAAGCAGCGCCCAAUGCUGUGGAGAUAUGGGAUACUGGAGUCGAUUCAAGUCUUUUAAAGCUGGUUGGACAGGCUUCCGUGGCGGUUCCUAAAGAUUUUAAUGUACACCCUCAUCUCGCCAAGACACAUGUACGGAACCGUUUGACGCGACUGGCUGAGGGCCGGGAUAUUGAUUGGGCGACAGCUGAGGCUCUGGCUUUUGGUUCGUUAUUAAUGGAGGGUCGUCACGUCCGCCUGAGCGGUGAGGAUGUCGGUAGAGGCACCUUCUCCCAUCGCCAUGUGAUGCUGGUCGACCAGGAGACAGAAGCUAUCAGGAUACCACUGAACCACAUACAUGAGAAACAGAAGGCUUUUCUUGAAGUAGCAAAUUCGAUUUUAUCUGAAGAGGCAGUAUUGGGCUUUGAAUACGGAAUGGCCUACGACAGUCCAGAUAAUCUGUGCCUCUGGGAAGCACAGUUCGGUGACUUCUACAACGGUGCACAGAUUAUAGUGGACGCUUUUAUUGCAUCGGGAGAAUCUAAAUGGGUUCGCAGCAACGGCCUAGUAAUGUUGCUUCCCCACGGAUACGACGGAGCCGCCUCCGAGCACUCCUCAUGUAGACUCGAGAGGUUCCUACAACUGACAGACAGUCGCGAAGCCGCUCCUGACUCUGAUAACGUUUGCCUUCACGUUGCUAACCCAACAACGCCGGCGCAGUACUUCCAUUUGUUGAGGAGACAGGUGGCUCGUAAUUACAGGAAGCCAUUAAUAGUGGUAGCUCCAAAAGUAUUGCUGCGAUUAGCUGAUGCUGUGUCACCUCUAUCUGACCUCGCACCACGAACUCACUUCAAGAAUGUAAUAGGUGACUCCUUGCCCGAUCCGCUGAAAGUAAAACGUGUGAUCCUAGUAAGUGGGAAACAUUACUACGAACUGCACAAGGAGAGAGUGAAGGCUAAGAUCGAUGAUGUUGCCAUCGUGAGGGUCGAGAGUCUCGCUCCCUUCCCCCUACCGGACCUACAGACUGAGCUGGCAAAGUUCCGGAAUGCAAGGAAAUUCAUAUGGAGUCAGGAGGAACACCGAAAUAUGGGAGCUUGGAGUUUUGUUCAGCCGCGGUUUGAGAACCUCCUUGGUAGAAAACUGAUAUACGCCGGCCGAUCAGAAGCUCCGACACCAGCAGUGGGUGCAUCAGUACUACAUAAAGUGGAAGUUGAACAUGUGUUGAAGGAACCACUUUACAAUAUUAAAUAAUGUUUCCAUUUAAUGAGAAUUAGCAGAAGUUUCUCUUAGCUUGGAGAACUCUACAUAAGAGCAUGUAUUUGGAAGCGCCUGACUAUGUGGAGCUGUUGAACGUAAACCUUUUUAAAGGCUGCGCUGGGAUGUGUAGAGAAGGAUAUCUAUAAAAACGCAUUAAAAUUUUGUCACAUUUUUGCAUUUAUGUAUUUUUAAUAA